AUGGAGGGAAUAGAACACAGGAGCGUCGAAGUGAAUGGCAUCAACAUGCAUGUUGCAGAGAAAGGGCAAGGCCCUGUGGUGCUCUUCCUCCACGGCUUCCCAGAGCUGUGGUACUCCUGGCGCCACCAGAUUCUCGCUCUCAGCGACAGAGGGUACCGCUGCGUUGCGCCCGAUCUUCGCGGCUUUGGCGACACCGAUGCUCCUGCUUCCGUGGACAGCUACAAUGGCUUCCACGUAGUGGGUGACCUUGUUGCACUUAUUCAGUCUCUUCAAGUGGAGCAAGUGUUCCUGGUGGGUCAUGAUUGGGGUGCACUCAUCGGUUGGUACCUCUGCAUGUUUCGCCCUCAACUUAUCAAAGCUUAUGUAUGCCUCAGUGUUCCUUUCCUCCGAAGAAACCCCACCGUUCCCACCGUUGACUCCAUGCGUGCUCUCUAUGGAGAUGACUACUAUAUCUGCAGAUUUCAGGAAGCAGGCAAAGCGGAAGCUGAGAUGGCUCAAGUUGGGGCUGAGUAUGUGGUCAAGAACAUGAUUACAACUCGCAAGACCGGUCCUCCAAUAUUCCCUAAGGGAGAGUAUGGAACCGCUUUCAAUCCUGAUAUGAAACAAGACUUGCCUUCCUGGCUCACUCAACAAGAUCUUGCUUAUUUUGUCUCCAAAUUCAAAAAGACUGGUUUCACCGGAGGAUUGAAUUACUAUAGGAAUUUAAACAAGAACUGGGAGCUGACGGCACCAUGGAGUGGAGCGAAGAUCAAGGUGUCAGUGAAAUUCAUAACUGGUGAGCUAGACAUGGUAUACACAUCAUUAGGGAUGAAAGAUUAUAUUGAGAGUGGAGGUUUCAAGGAAGAUGUGCCAGGCUUGGAGGAAGUCAUUAUUCAACCAGGAGUGGCCCACUUCAACAACCAGGAGUCACCACUUGAUAUCACUAAUCACAUUUACGACUUCAUCACCAAGUUUUGAUUCCACUAAUUUAUCAUCUUAUUAUCUGCGACGAUUUGGUUCUGUUUUACCAUUUGAAGCCAUACAUAUAAGAGUAAGACCACUAUGAUUAGUGUGUGUUUGGGCAUAUAAACGUUCAAAGCAUUUCAUAAUAUGGCUCAAGCUAAUUAAUAUAAAACAACAACGUUCAAAGCAUUUAUAUUGAUGAGUAGUUGAGUAGUGCAUUCAUAAUAUUGAUGAGAAAAAGUACAGUUAAAUAACUCCUAACAACCAACUUUAAAUAAGUGUAAUUAAUAAUUAUUAAUUUUAUAUUUUUUAAAACAUAAAAUUUAAGGAAAAAUAUGAGGAGCCAAUGAAAUAUUUGUACAAUGUGUACAAUGGAAAUUUAUGGAGUAUUAAAGAUAUAAUCAUUAGUAUUACCUUUUUUUCGUUAGCUGAAACUUUUAGGAUGAGUGAUAUCAUGACAUGGUAUUAGAGAGCUAGAUCCGAAAGGUUAAGAAUUCGAUCCUUGGUGAACCCAAAAUCAGUUUAAGAUUUUGAGAAGAUGUUUAUUAUUCCUAAUAUCCGGAUAAUUAUUAUAGAUAACAUGAGAGAUGUUCAUUUUGUAACUCAAUAGCCAAUUGUACAUAUUAUACAAACAGUCCAUUGUCUCCAUAGCGAGACU